CCGCAAAAGGAAGAUGUUAGCGCGUUGAGAUCGUGCCCAGCUGUGCUCGCGCCACGGUCGCACUCCAACAAUCGGUCGUUAUCGACGGUCGCCCGACCUCUGCUGAUCCUCCGCGGCCCUCCGGUCCUCCGCCCUGCAGCCUUUCUGGUCGAGUGCAUCGCCGUUGCGACGUAGCGUCCACGAGGGGAAGUUUGGGGCUUCAAAUUUCAAUUUCUAGCCAUGCAGGCUGCCAAGAAAACAGCGGAUGGCGCGUCGGUUCAAAUUACGACAGAGACUGCCGUCUCUACGACGACUGUGAUUACGCCGCCCGGAUCUCCCGGCACGCUCCCUGUUGAAGUCCCCAAAGGGACGGGUUCCAGAAUAGAGAUAACCACGAAGAAAUUCCCCAACGCCGAGCAGUCCGGAAGCUGUGCCGUAUUCGGCUGCGGAAAGUGCAACGUCCAAACGACUGUUUCAGAAGAGGGUGCCAAUUACGUGAUCACGGCUGAAGACGGCCAGGUUCGGACGAUUCACGUUCCCGCAGCCAAAAGCAAGUCCGGCUCCGCGAAAGCGGUGCUCGAGAAGAGAGUAACCCUCGAAGAUGGCAUCGAAAUCAUCGAGGAAUUUGAAGACGGCGUGAUGGUCAGAAAAACGUUGAACGGUAAAGAGCAGCCGCUACAAGAAGCUGCGCCCAAAGCAGAGGGUGAGGAAAAGAAAGACAAAUAAAGACUCUCUCGACCUAUA